AAAGCGGGUUACUGACUACACGUUUGCGCCCCCUUCAUUUUCAUGUGUAUGUCUGGCAUAUGCUGCUUCCUUCCAGAAAAGGAUUAUUCUCUCUCAGAUUUAGUCAGCGAACUUGGUUGCUAGUCUGCACCAAGUUUAACCUCGAACUCUCUCAAAGUUGCCUUGAUAGUAAACCCAGCUGGUGUAUACUGAAUCCUUUAAAAUGGACUCUGACAUUCUGAAGAUAGAGGAAAUAGUAAUGGGAGGUGGAGAGGAUGCUGCCCCUGCUGAAUUGGUCCCUGAGAAGGCAGAGAAUACCUACACCACCAUCAUUAUUCAGAAUCCUCCACCAGCUCCUGUCAUUCAAUCAUACCAGCAUGAAAGCCUGCAGUGUUUCCAGUGUUUUAUCACUUUCUGCAACUCAAAAGCCAAGGAAAGGCACAUGAAGAAGAGUCAUCGGGAAGAGUACAAACAGCAACUGCAGCAGUGCGAUACGCUGUUCACUUGCUAUGUGUGUGACCGUGACUUCCCAUCUUCUGAGGAGCUGACACAGCAUCAGUCAACCCACAACAAGGAGGACAAACCCUUCAAAUGUGCACACUGUCAAGAAUGCUUCCGCACAUUCUCCGAGUUGACAACACAUCGACGGCAGGUAUGUCCCGAACGUCAGUUUUUGUGCAAAGAUUGCAAUGAGACGUUUCGAAGCCCUGGACUCUUGCGUAACCAUCGUAUGACCCAGCACCCUGUCCGUCCAGAUGGAGAGGGUGCAGAUGAUUCCACCAAGACCUACCGAUGUGUUAAAUGUGGUAAGGGUUUUGAAGAAGAGACAGAGCUCCUGCAACACCAAGAGAACCAUGCAGGGGACCAGCACUGCAACGGUAGCUCCACUGUAAAACGCAGAGGGAGAGCCCCGAGAGCUGAGAGUGCAGCUGCCGGUGAAAAGAAACUAAAGAGAAAGGAGGAAGAGGCAGAAAAAACAGGGGCGACCAACCAUUUAGAAGGCGAAGCAAAGGCGAAGUCUGGAGGAAGACGAGGUCGGCAGCCCAAAUCUGCUCAGGAGUCCAAGGCAGAAGAUGAUGGAAAGAAACCAAAGGCUGUUCCAGAGCCAUCUCGGCAGAUCCCUUGCACUGAAUGUGACCUCACUUUCCACGCCCUGGCACAACUCCGGUCACAUAAGAAAGAGAAGCAUGCGCAGCGGAAGCCUCACCCUUGUGGAGAAUGUGAGGAGAGUUUUAACCGUCCAGAGCAGCUGAAGGCCCACAUGGCUAGGGCUCACAGUGCUGGUCGGUACAUGUGCCCCACAUGUGGAAAAAGCUUUGGUAGAGAGAGUAACCUGAAGGCUCAUCAACAGACCCAUGAAAAAGAAGAGAAGCCAGCUGGUCAGGGAAAGAGAUAAUUCAGUAUUGGAGAAUGAUUUGUGGGGUGUAUGUUAACUGAAGAUGGAUUCAAGUUUUUAAAAAGUUUUGUGUAUAGAAAUGUAGGUGGGGUAAGGGUUUGCUUUAGAUUUGAAGAAUUGUAACAUAGCAGGGGAUCGUUCAGUUGAGUGAGGCUACAGUUCAACACUGUGAGCAUGUUACAUGAAAACUGGAAACCCAAACGGUAGUGAAUUCCCGAUUCAGAAAUGGUUUGGCUGCCUCAUUUUAUCAUGACUUCUGUACAUAGUUCGGCAUGGUGAGCAAAAGGAAAUCACGCCACAACUGAUCAAAAUCAAUAGGAUAAUUAUGUUGUAACUAAUAUGAUCAUAAGAAACCCAAGAAAAAGUCAGAAGAAGUUAUUAGAUCAUUGAAGGCUUUAUAUUGUUGUUUUCUUUUUUUUGGGGGGGGUGAUUUUAAAGUCUUUUCUAUGACUAUAAUGUGUUAUUGGUUUUAUAUUAUUUUUUAGAUGUGUGGUAAUUUUUCUAUGAGUUCUGACUAAAUUCGAUUUAAAAUGUUUGUAGAAUAAGGUGUUACAUGACAUUUGACUUACAUGUAACCCACAAUUAAGUUCGCUAAGUUAAGUAAAAUGAUUUAAAUGUAUGAAUAAUUGAUUGAAAAUAUUUUAAAUGUCUUCUGAUUAUUUCUUUGAUGAUAUUAUUGCAAUUUGUGGUGCAGCCAAAAAGCAUUUUCAUUAAAACAAAAGUCUAGGAAAAAAAAACUUGCUCUAAAAAUGGAGCGGGGCAAUCCUACCCCAACUAACUUCUACCAAGUUUCUGUCUUUUGCCAGUUCCAUAUAUUCUUUUGAGGCAUUGAUAAAAUUCAGCUUGGAAAAUAUUAAAUGAACAAUAAUA